AUGGGAUAUUUUCAACCUGUUGGUAGUGUCGCUGGAGGUGAAGAAAUCUAUGAUGAGAUCAAUGACGUUGAUGGAUUCAGUUGGCAAACGUAUCCUCAUGCGAACCAUGAUAGCGCACUUGGGAAUGCACUUGCGAAAAGUGGUAUAACAAAAAGCAGUUCUCAACUUAUAAAAAAGGGUAGUGCUACCAAGAUCGAAACUCAAACGUUAUAUUUUUGUGAUCAAGAUAGUGGAUACUGUGGAUUUAUCCAAUUCUUAAACAGCAGUGUCCUAGGAGGGUUCUACAAGUCAUUUGAAAUGAACAUCAAGGUGUUUAAUGUAGACAAGGACCGUACUAAUGACUCUGGGAGUGAUAAUGCUAGUGAGUAUAUCGAUUAUUGGAAGAACGUCAAAUUAAAGAAGCCAUCUGUUUUCACCCCGUUAGAAGUCAGCAAUCAGAACAUGCGGUUCAUAUUUCGGAAACAAUGUGACCCCAGUUGGGACGAAGAUACUGUUGGAAAGAAACAACGCUCACGCAAUUUUUAUCAAGGAGCUGAAGCGGUUCCGAAUGAAUCAAGGAUAGGCACAUUAAGUGUCGAAGGUCAAACGGAAGAGUUGUCCAUCAGUUUAGAUGUGAAUAUAGGCAAGGGAUUCAAGAUCAAACCCGAUGGUAGGAGUUUCUUCUCGAGAGUUCCCAUGAGGGGCAACCCAAACGUCGACAGGUGUAUCAGACAUGUAUUUGCUCCGAAUUGUACUGGAUCAGGGCAUAUAGUGGUGAACUCGAAAAAGAUAAAAUUUCACUCAGUACCUAUGGUCCUCAUCACUGCAUUGCAAGGCCUUAAACCUAACAGCGCUGCCAAAUCGUGGAAUUUCGCUGCUUUCAUGUCACCUAGACGGACAAUUUUAUGUAUGGAGUUUACAACGCCAAAAGAAUACGGUGAACAAACAGUGACCAUAUCGUCGGACACAAACAAGAUAACCUCAUCACAGCGCAUAUAUUGCGGUAUACAGGAUAAACAUAAGCAUGUGAAACAUUUUGGGCUAACACUGGAUCCCAAGACCGGAGUAGAGUAUCCAAACAUCGUAGAGAUUCCGUUACCCAAAAAAGACGGUGAACUAUGCCCCACGUUACUAUUGGGGCCCUUAAAUCUAAUCAAUGUGUACGAUAUAUUACAAGAGAUGCCCACGGUAUUGAAAGGCAUUGUGGAAAAGGUGGAAGGAAUCAACCCAUAUCUAUAUCAGUUCUGUCAAAGAACCGAGGUAGAUGACGAACGUGCAAUAUCACUUGUAGAAACAACAUUUAUAAGUCCAUAG